UACCGUUUGCAUUUCAGCACAGACACGUAUAGAGGAAACGGUCAGUGCACCGCACUGGAAUCCCUGGAUCGGGCCACUCACCUGACGACCCCAACAACACACACACAAUAUUAGGUGGCAGCCAUGACGAGCAUCUCGGCACUGCUGCAUCGCAGUCACAGUCACAGCCACAAUAGCAACGGCUACACGAGCAGCGGCAGCGGGAGCAGCUGUCACAGUCACCACAGCAGCAGCCUCUCACCGCCGAGGACAAUCGGAGCGGCCACAACACCGCCGCCGCCGCCGCCCCCGGCGGUGCCCAAGCUGCAGCUGCAACAGCAACAGCAGCAACAACAGCAACAACACAGCUCCAACUCCAACUCCAAUGGCAACUCGCAUCAUGACCACAUUAAACGACCAAUGAACGCGUUCAUGGUAUGGUCCCGGGGCCAGCGACGCAAAAUGGCGCAGGACAAUCCCAAAAUGCACAAUUCAGAGAUAUCGAAGCGUUUGGGGGCCGAAUGGAAGUUGCUCACCGAAUCACAGAAGCGUCCAUUCAUUGAUGAAGCCAAGCGUUUGCGCGCGCUGCACAUGAAAGAGCACCCCGAUUACAAAUAUCGGCCGCGCCGUAAGCCCAAGACACUGAACAAGUCACCAGUGCCGGGCGGAGGUGGCGGCGGCGUCGGCGGCGGAGGAGCUUCUAGCAGCAGCUCUGGUCUUUCGGCCGCUGGUCAACUGGGCAAGGAGCAAGCCCAAGCGCAGCAUUCGCCCCAUGGGCCAGGCCUUGCGCAUCAUCAUCCGCAUCACCCACACCACCCACAUCCACAUCCCGCCCACGCCCAUGCGCAUGCGCAUCAUCAUCACGCGCAGCUAAGCGCCGUCGCAGCUGCUGCUGCCGCCGCCGCCGUCUCCCACUCCCAUUCGCACUCACCCACCUCGCUGGCCGCCAAGUAUGGCUUUGGAUCACCGCUUGAGCUGUCGCUGCCACGCGUGCCCAGUGGCUUUCCGGGUCUGGGGCAUUAUCCGCUCGAUCCGACAUUGGCGCUGGAUCUGCAGGCGCGUCUUCAGGCCAUGUACGCCGGCAGCUUAUAUCAUCCAUGGCGCUACUUGCCGCUGAUCAGUCCAGAAACUCCGCCCUCCCCGCCCAGCAGCAGCGGCACAGGCAUCUCGUCCUAUGGCUGUGUCAAAUCAUCUAAGUCCUCGCCCGUGGCAGUCGUUCCAGCUUUAGCCACAACGCCGCCCAACAUUAUUUGACCGACUCCGCUGCGCUACGGCGCUGCCGCUGCGGAGCAUGCGGUCUAAAGUUGGAGCAUCAGCAGCGACUAGGUACCGACAACAGUCCCCGCCCCCUCUGUGCCCCGCCCCAAUAUGGUAGCAGCAAUAAGAGCUGCCCACUUGCUAGUGUAGAACCCUAGUGUUAGCUGAAUCUUUGUGAGUUUAUGUUUUAUGUUUUAUGUUGCAUGUUUCUGUUUUUCCCCCCGAACUGUGUUCGAACUAUUCAUUUUGGUUAUGUGUGGUACUCAGUUAUGUAUAUAGAAAUGAAAUAUUAUUAAAAAUACACCAAAUAACUAAGCGGAUCUUUAAGCGGCAACGGAAAUAAAUAAAAAAUCGAAAUUGUUCCUAUAAA